GAGGGUUUUGGCGAUCGGAAUUUUAUUCUUUUAAUUUUAUUUUUACAGAGAGAAUAAAAAAUUUUAAAACUUGUUUUGGUUUUGUGUUUGAAAUUUUUUAUGGUUUAUUAAGCGAAAAGGAAUGGGAUAGAGAAUGAGAGAAUGUGGUGAAUCAAAGCCCAUCCUCGUUUCGUUCUUGGAUUUCUUGUUCAUGUGUAAUUUACAGAUCUCUUUUUGCCUUGAAAGUGGCGGUGUUUUGCCGGAAUUUUGUUUUCCGGUGAUGAGGAUUUGAAAUUUGGAAGCCAAUCGUUUUGUUCCGAACAGUGCAUUUGGAUUUUAGACAAAAACCUUGGGAUUUGGGACCGGGAUUCGAAGAUUUAACCAACAAUUUCGCUUCUCAAUUGUUGUUUGUUGGCAAUUUUCGGUUUCCGCUCGCUCAUCUUCUAAAAUCUGAUGAUGAUCACACUCGACUGGGUUUAUGCUUUUGAGUUAAUCUUUGCUGUGACCUUGUGAUCAAAUUAUUCACAACAUAGAAGUGCGUUGAAACGUGCUAGAUCUCUUUGCACUGUUCAUAUUUGUGCUAUGACUUCUAAAAUAUGGUGCUUCAGAAGAGGUUAGAUUAUGGGUUCCAUGGCUACCAAGUGCCAACAAUGCCUCGAGCUACCAGAUCAGUCAGGAAGAGAAGUUUAUGUAGAAAGGGCACUGAAGGUGGUCAAAUGCGUGCAUUUGAUUUAUUGGCCACUGUUGCUGACAAGUUGUUGCAUGGAACAGAUGGUCCUACCACGACUACUACUGAUACAUCAACCGAAAAAGAUAGGUAUGCAGUUAUGAACAAAGAAUUGGAUGCAAACAGUUUGCUCAAGGUCGAGCCUUCUGAUCGAGGCAGUUGCGACCAGGGCUUUGUCUCAGAGCUCGUUUUAUCAGGCCACGAAAAAAAAUGUGAUUUAAAUGGUUGUCUUCCACAGCAUGAUGAAGAUUCACCACCACAAUUAGUUUCUGUAGUAACAAAUUUUGACAAGAGCAAGGAAAUGGGAAAUUUAGCUAGCGAGGUACAUGUAGGCUCCCCCAGAAGCAAGGAGUCUGAUAACUGUGAAUUGGAUGGUAAAAGUAAAGUUAUAGUAAAAUAUGAGUUGCAUAAAACUGAAGAGGUGCUUACUGGAACUCAGGAUCAAUAUGACUCGUGCAAGAGAGAGGAUCCUGUUAUAUGGGACCAGAAAGCUCAUGUGUUGGGAAAUUCGAAUGGUUGUGGCAAGAUGACUCAGGACAAACAGAUCAUUCAGAACUCUUCUUUUGCAACUCAGAAUAAUGUAAAAUUAGUUGAUAGAGAUGACGACGAAAUCUCUUCUGGGUGCACUCACCCAGUUUCCUCAAUAAAGUCCUUCAGGACAGUACCUAGUAGUAGAGACCGACGAAUAAAGAAAGUAUCAGCUUCCAAAUCUUGGAAAGUAGUUCCAAGAUGCAGGGACGAAUCACUUUCUAAGACCGAUGGCAUUUGGAAGUCUAUGUUUCGGAGUAAGAGCUCUCACGACAGUUGCAGACGCCAGAAAUCUCAAAUGAAUAUUCCUUUUAAAAAGAGGAAAUUCUUUGACUGUAGUAGCUCAGUGUCAAAUUCGGAUGGUGGAAUUAAUUCAGAGGGUCUUUCCGAUUCAACCGGGAAGGUUUUCAAUUCUGAUAUCUCAGGGAGAUCAUGUUCUGCAUCUGGUAAUGGCCAUCACAAAUCUUUCCCAUCCAAAGAUUCUCAUGUGAAAAUUAGGAUAAAAUCUUUUAGGGUGCCAGAGCUCUUUAUUGAAAUUUCAGAGACUGCAACUGUUGGUUCAUUGAAGAGGACCGUAAUGGAAGCAGUAACUGCUGUACUUGGCGGUGGAAUACGGGUCGGUGUUCUUCUUCAGGGGAAGAAGGUUAGAGAUGACAAUAAAACUUUAUUUCAAACUGGAAUUUCUCAUGACAACCAGCUUGAUUCAUUGGGGUUUGCCCUUGAGCCUAAUCCUUCACGAACUCCUCUUGCAUUGUGUCAAGAAGAUUCUCCCUGUAUUCUUCCAUGUGAUGCCCCCGAACCUCUAACUAGGUAUUCACCGGAUGCUUCUGCAGAUCAUCCAGGCAGUAGCAGUGUGUUGCCCGAGCCUCAUGGAGACUCUUUAGGUCAUUUCAUCCAGAGUGACCAUGAUUCGGCGCCCUCUCCUACCAAUACGUCAAAUCACAAGAGCACAACAGACUCUAAAGCGCUGGUCAAUGUGCCAGCAAUGACAGUGGAGGCACUUACUGUAGUUCCCAUGCAUCGAAAAUCUAAGCGGUCUGAGGUUGCACAGCGGCGAAUUCGCAGACCCUUCUCCGUUGCUGAGGUGGAGGCAUUGGUUCAAGCUGUUGAGAAACUUGGUACAGGAAGGUGGCGAGAUGUUAAACUCCGCGCGUUUGACAAUGCAAAGCAUAGAACUUAUGUUGAUCUGAAGGACAAAUGGAAAACACUGGUGCACACGGCGAGGAUAUCCCCUCAACAAAGACGGGGGGAGCCCGUGCCACAGGAGCUUUUGGACCGAGUCUUGUCUGCGCACGCUUACUGGUCGAAGCAGCAAGCUAAGUACCAGCUGAAGCGGCAGCCAGAGACGACGACUCCAAUGAACAAAAAAACCCAGCAAAGUUGGGGGUAAUGGAACAUCCGCAUAUAUAUAUAUAUAUAUAUAUAUAUACACAUAUAUAUAUAGUUUACUCUUUUGAAAGGUCUUUGUGGCUACUGUUUUUUUGUUUUCUUGUUCUUGGUUGGGUUGGGGUUUAAAAGAGAGAUGUGUUGUAAAAAUUAAUGAUAAGAAAAGGGUGAUUAUGAAGCAAUGGAGUAUGUUAUAUUGUGUCCAUAGAUUGUUCUUUUCCUUCCUGCAGGGAGAGGCUCUUUUGGCAACUUGUAUAAAUCAUUGUCGGAAUAAGAGCUUGCUUACGGAA